UUCCGUUUUGGAUAACACAAUCUUUUAAAAAGUAUAAUUCCUAAAGAUUGUCAUACUUUAGGGAGUUUCCAAACUUACAGCCACAUAUCGUUUGAUUUCAAGGAAUUGUGACGUUGCCUAGGGAUAGUCUAUGACAUCACAACCAGUCACCCAGUAGAGAUCUCUCCGCAGUGUGGAAAUAGUUGGUAGAGCACACGCAAUCCAAGCCAUCUUUUUAGCUACCAAAGCAAUAUACAUUUGUGAGUUUCUUGUCCGCAUCGCUUGGACCAAUUGGAUAGGAUUUUUUUAUUAAUUUUAACGGGCUCCGACAGAAGCGCAGUCAGUGAAGGACGUUUGAAAACGAACGGUCUGAAUGAUUGACUUCUGAUUAGUUCAGGAUUAAAUUCAAACCGGGAAAAGACACGGAUAGAGGUUUUGUUUUACCAACGACAUAAGAUUAAUUUGGAUCAGCACAGACAGCAUGGCGAGAGAGGACGCUCGGAAUAAGCAUGACUUCACAAAAAUCAUCGGACUGUUCAGCGUGGUCACGUUGCUGACUUUUCAAGGGGCAUUGUCUCAGCAGGUGAAGGUGGAACCGGAAGUGAUGUCCUACCCCAGCCAGGCGGUCAACCUGAGGUGUGCCUUCGCAGAUGCUGGAGUGAUACAGCUCACACAGGUGUCCUGGAUCUAUGAGCCGAAGGAGGGCGAGCGGCUCAACAUCGCCGUGUACCACCCUAACUUUGGGGCAAGUUACCCCACAUCGCCCCUGAAGGGGCGGGUCCGCUUCACGACAGAGCCCCCCUCCCUCAGCAACCCCUCCAUCCAGAUCUCAGACGUCAAGAUGAGUGACGAGGGGAAAUACAUCUGUGAAUACGCCACCUACCCCAGUGGCAACGAACAGGGUGUCACCUCCCUCGUCAUGCUAGCCAAACCCAGGAACUCUGCCUCCGGGGUAACAGUGAUAGCCUCCACUGUCGCCACGGGAGCCAAGCCGGUUGUUGUGGCCCGCUGUGCGUCGGCCGACGGUCGUCCUGCCGCCCAGAUCGCUUGGGUGACGGCUGUCAAUGGCAACGCUACCUCCGCCUCUACGGCGGGCGCUGACAACACCGUGACGGUAUCCAGCCAGUACAUGCUGGUUCCCACAGCAGCAGACAACGGCAAAGACAUCAGCUGUUUGGUGUCCCAUCGAACCCAGGCCAAGCCUGAGAGCUUCCUGAUGAAACUGGCCAUCGAAUACCCCCCACAGGUGACCAUCGUGGGCUAUGAUAAUAACUGGUACAUGGGUCGGACCAACGUGGCUCUGACCUGUCAGGCUACUGCCAACCCCAUUCCUACCACCAUCACAUGGAAAACUAUGUCCGGUCAGAUGCCAGACACAGUGCAGGUAAAAGAAAACGUGCUGACCGUGCUGAAGGUGGAUGAGCAGGCCAACACAACCUUCGUCUGCGAGGUCAAGAACCGCCUGGGCACCGGCAAGGACCAGGUCACUGUUAUGGUCCGAGGUACUCGACUGCCAGUGAAGGGCCCCACUACAAGCGGUGUUAUAGGAGGGCUCAUUGGGGUGGUUCUGCUGCUGGCCAUUAUCGGCAGUGUUGUGGUCUUGGUCCGCAAAAAACGCAACCAGCACAAUGGAGAUGGUCCACCCAAGUACAAGCCCCCUCCCCCUAACAAGCAGCAGACUACCACCAGCAGCUCUUCUGAUACGCUGAACACCAGUCGAGACCCUGUGGAGAGAAAGGAUGGAUCCGUGGACCACCUGUACUACGCUCCGCAGGAUGCCGAGCCCAGCACAGACCUGGAUGCGUGCAGUGAUGAGGAAUACAAUUGUGAUGCGGAGGAGUUGCGCUACGCUGACGCCCCUUCUGGCUGGGAUGAACCCAGGCUGAACGAAGUCCCGCCCCUGUACGCCCCCAACCAGUACAAGCCCAAUGAUUACCAUGACAACGAGGAGGACCACCCCCCUGCCGCCGGUGCGACUCGUGGAGAGAGCUUUGUGUCCCAGGCCAUGUUUGUGUGAAGACAUUGGGAGACAUUGGAAGUGUGUGUGGGACUAAACCUGUUUGUACGUGAAGAACAUCGGACACUGGAUGUGUGUGUCUGUGGGAUAGCUGCGGUGUGUGGUGGUUGUAGUCAUUGCCAUCCAAUCAGUAUCUCCAAUCUAGAAUUUUACAUUGUGAACUAAAGUGAGUGAAUGUAUUGGGUUCUAAUAACGGGAAUCAUGUUUUUAAAAGGGGGAUCUGCUUUACCGUUAAAAUGCUGUGUAAGUAAGACACAACAUAAAAGAACACUAACUUUUAUUGGGGUUCGUUGAAACUCCUUUGAAUGUUGUGGUUAAAGUCCCAUGUGUACAGUAAGUGUGUGAGAUUGUUUAAUAGGCACAGAUCCAGGGCCAGCUGACCCUCUUUGAAUCUUAACCAUUACCAUUAGGGGAUGACCUUGGAUCAGAUCCGUGUGUAUUGAUAGCUCCACCGUACUUUGGAAUGUAGAUGGGCUCUGGGGUCAGGAGACUGGUACAUUACUCUGAGCUAAAGGCAGUAGGAUGAUGUUGCCUAUAGACACUGUUGUAAGGUCAGUUGUGUGUUUUACUACCUAAGGAUUAUGUUUAAGGUUUUACAUAAUGUAAUCUGAUCCUAGAUCUGUGUCUAAAAUACAAUUCUGGAUUCCUGGAGCCCAAUACAAGCCAUAAGAGAGGGACAAUCAAUUGCCUGAACAAAAAUUUAACAAUGUAAGUUACUUACAAUCUUGUAUAUAUAAAAAGGAAAUCUCUGUUACCUUUUAACAUUGACGUGUCUAAACAUUGAUGAUUUGUGCCUGUUCGCUCAGGAUUUAAAAGCUCUAUUCACAUGCUCUACCACAGUAUGUUGGUUACAGAAUGUACUACGUAGGCCACUGUUGAAAAGUCCAAUAUUGUCAGGGUCUAGGUUUUUAUACAAUUUCAGGGUCUUCUUCUCUAUACAAUCACUUAAUUGUUAAACCAGAUGUGCCUAUUUUUGUCGCAUGUCAGAUUAUAAAAUGUGAAUCAAACAGAAUUCUGAAUGAUUUUGUCAUGCUUUGUAACAGAUUAAAUGUACCUGUUUUUACUGCGCUAUGUAUGUUUUUAAUAAAGCAAAGCCUGAUGCGCUGGUUACUUGAUGAUUCAUUAAACAUUUAAACUGUG